AUGGCAAUGCUAAUCCGUCUGAGUAGCAUCAAUCCACUUUCGAUUUGGAAUCCGUUAAAAGUUAAACGAAAAGCAAAGAAGAAAUCAAAUCCGCACGCAGAACAACAGAGAAUUGAACGAGCUAAUAGUGAACUUCAAGUGGAUAAAGAAGUAGCUAUUUUCCUCUCCACCGGUGGCACCUCUGAGCACGUUCUUUGGAAUCGAGGCGGAAACAAAUUAGCAUUCAAAGUGCGAUGCUCAAAUAAUAAAGUCUAUCGAGUGACGCCCGUGCAUUCAGUGAUUGAACCGGGAGAGUGUCUUGAUCUCGUGAUUACUCGAAGCUCGGGCGCUGCUAGGACAGAUAAACUAGUUGUCGAAUUUCUGAUUGUUGAGCCGGAAGUGGUGGAAAGCGAUGUGAGGGAAAUGUUUCAUCAACUCGACCCAACUGUGAUCACGCAACGACUAAGAAUUGCUCUCAAGGCAAUCUCCCUCGAUCGAAUCAGUGAGCUGAAAAAGGUGAAAGUGUUGGCAAAAGAGCAAUGGCCGGCUCAAUUUCAUCACUCCGUCAAUCUACCAGAAGAAUCGCCGCCCAUUCAUUUAACCCCAGCCACUCGA